ACCCAACGAAGGAGUACGCGAAUAUGCCAACGAACUUAGAUCCCUGGUAGCUUCCGCUUUCCCCCAUCGCCCAACCAAAUUCCGCGAAAAAUUUGCUCUGGAACGCUUCGUCACCGGGCUACGGAACAAAAACGCAAAAGUUGAUCUCCAAAGGCUAGUUAUUAACGGCAAACAUUGUUCCGCCUUGAUUGACUCGGGAGCUUCGUUAAGUCUUGUCUCCCCACGUCUGUGUCCUAGUCUCCCUACCACGAAAAUAAGAACGACAAUAUACGCGGUGAACGGGACGCGCAUUAACGCAACAGGAAGCGCCAACAUCGUCCUGAAGAUUGCCGGAGAAACCCUACAGCACCCGAUGGUGGUCACGCCCGAACUUCCAUGGGACGUCAUCCUGGGCGUCGAUUUCCUCUCUGUACAGAAAUUACCCGGGCAUCGACAACCAACCGUCAGCAAUGUCGAGUCACAAAACGGACCAGCACAACUCCUUGGACGAACAGACUCCGCGUAUCGGCUGUUCGUAAAAAGACUCAUUAAUCGAUUUUGGGAUGUUUUCGCGUGGGACGGCACCCGACUAGGGAGAUCGAAUCUCUUCAAACAUCGAAUCGAUACCCAAGGAGCGCCACCGAUACGCCAAGCGCCACGACGGGUCCCGGUACAAUCGCGUGAGGAACUACGAAAGAUCAUCACGGACAUGCUGCGCGAGGGAGUGGUCAAACCUUCCCAGUCCCCCUGGGCCUCGCCAAUUGGGCUAGUUAAAAAAGAAUGGAGCCUUACGUCUCUGCGUUGA